GAAGCCUCUGUCAGAGCUGUGUCGGUGGAAGCUUUGAGUAUCCUCUCAGUCGAGCCUCACUGGACUUUGGACCCGGGUCACCGUCGAGCACCUUAUUUUGAUCUCUGUCAACAUUUUUGUUUGCACGGAGGGCUUCCAUUUCUUUUCUUUUCUUUUUCUUUCUUUUUUUUUUCCAGAUUCGGAGCUGGGGACAAUUGCUGUCAGCUAACUUCCACAAUAGGUCGCUGCGUCGCCGGACUGCUGCAUAUGUUUGAUUUAUUUUUAUUUGACAUUUUUUUAGCUUAACACUUUAACUCCAGCCCUUCCAGCCGUGCCCAAUGCCGAGGAAUGGAUAGUGUGUCUGCUAAAGGCGGAAAGAUGGUCGAGAGUGAUGAGCAGCCGGAGAGGGAUAGCGGCGGUGGCGCAGCGAUGGCCGCGCUACAUCAGUGCGAACUGAUCCAGAAUAUGAUUGAUAUCUCCAUCUCCAGCUUACAGGGGCUACGCACCAAAUGCGCCGCCACCAACGACCUCACACAGCAGGAAAUACGAACUUUAGAGGUGAAGCUGAUGAAAUACAUCUGUAAACAGCUCCAGUGCAAGCAGAAAGUGCCAGAGACAGAGAGGCCCGAGGCCCUAGACAGCUAUCCACACUUGCGAGACUGGUUACGCACCAUCAACCUGCGACCAGAACUCAUUGAGGCCGUGGAGGCAAAGCUGUCGCUGGAUACCUUACUGCAGAUGACAGGAGCUCAGGUGAGAGACACAAUGCGAAGACUUGGGUCCAGCUCAGAAGAAUGUGCCAGACUCGGUGCUGCCCUCUCCUGUCUAAAGAGUGCUACUGAAUCAGGGGGCGAACUAAGAGAUGACAGCAGUCUCUGGCUGUCUGAGCCCACCAGGAGGGACAGCGGCUCUCUGCUGACAGCGGACCAGCUAACCAACCUGGGGACCCCACUCCGCCCACACAGCCCCUCGCCUCUAGCCCGCCCAUCCACCAUCCAGUCCACCCCAUCCACUCCCUGCGCAACCUUCCCCCACCCUCGCUCGGGCUCGGUGUCAGCGGCGCCCACGCCAGACGCACAUGGCGACAGCCCUCUCACAGAUCCAUUCCCUAUGUCCUUCGCCCGCGCAGCCCGCCUCCAUGGGCACACCUCCACCCCACCUAUAACGCCGCCUUCAAAGAGGCGUCAUCGGUUGAAGCCUCCCUGCACCCCUCCCCCGCCAUCCCGCAAGGUACUGCACCUGCUUCCUAACAUCACACUGACGCGCAGCAAAAGCCACGAGUCUCAGCUGGGCAACCGCAUUGAGGACCCUCCCACCAACAAGUGUGUUAAAAAGAACAAGUUGUUCCUGAACAUGCAAGUCAACGGUAACGGAUGUGAGGAUUCGCUUUCUCGCUACCCUGUUGUGUCUGCAAGGACACCCGGUGCCACCCCAGCUGCCAACACAGCACCUUACACCCUUCCUGGAACUCCCACACUUCUGGAGGAGCACAGCACAAUUAAGAAUAAUGUAGCAGUGCAUCGCAGCUCCCCACAAGCAGUAAGGAGGGAUAUAGGGCUUGCAGUCACGCACAGGUUUUCCACCAAAUCCUGGUUGUCCCAGACGUGUCAAGUGUGCCAGAAGAACAUGAUGUUUGGAGUUAAGUGCAAACACUGUCGAUUAAAGUGCCACAACAAAUGUACAAAGGAAGCUCCAUCCUGCAGAAUCUCCUUUCUACCAAUUGCCAAAAUUCGGAGGACCGAGUCAGUUCCCUCUGAUAUAAACAACCCAGUGGACCGGCCGCAGGAAGCACCGCAGUUUGGCACACUACCAAAGGCUAUUACGAAAAAGGAUCAUCCACCAGUGCUGAACCAGCUGGACUCCAGCAGCAACCCAUCCUCCACCACUUCAUCCACACCUUCCUCCCCAGCACCCUUCCAGCAGAGCAACCCCCCCAGUGCCACGCCACCGCCCAACCCUUCGCCCAAAGGUCAUCGAGACAGCCGAUUUAAUUUCCCAGCUGCCUGUUACUUUCAGCAUAGACAGCAAUUUAUCUUCCCGGAUGUUUCCAGUCCUGCAAAUUUCCACUCAGAUGUUCUCCAGGACAGAGUUGUUCUGUGUCACAGCAGUGAGAUAGAGCCAUCAUCGGAUGACGUACAUGACGAGCUGGUAGAAGAUGACGAUGAAGAGGAAGGGGACGAGGAGGUCGAGGUCGAUGAUGAAGAUCACGAAGGGGAGGAGGAGGACAAUGAGGAGGAUGAUGAGGACAAUGUGGAUGGAGGAGAAGAUGAGGACGACAGGGGGGAGAUCAGGAUGAACAUGGGCUCCGACGGCGAGUGCGACGAGCUGGAUGAUCUGCCCAACUCUCGGGGAAACCAGUGGAAGGGCCCCAUCUCCCGCAAGGCCAGUCAGACCAGCGUUUACCUGCAAGAGUGGGACAUCCCCUUUGAACAGCUGGACCUUGGGGAGCUCAUAGGAAAGGGCCGCUGGGGAAAAGUGCACAAGGGCCGGUGGCACGGCGAGGUGGCCAUCCGGCUUCUUGAGAUCGACGGGAACAAUCAGGACCACCUAAAGCUCUUUAAAAAGGAGGUGAUGAACUACAGACAGACCAGGCACGAGAAUGUGGUCCUCUUUAUGGGAGCCUGCAUGGCUCCACCCCACCUGGCCAUUAUCACCAGUUUUUGUAAAGGGAGGACACUCUACUCAGUAGUUCGAGACACUAAAAACACUCUGGAUAUUAACAAGACAAGACAAAUCGCUCAGGAGAUUGUAAAGGGAAUGGGCUAUCUGCAUGCCAAAGGCAUUGUUCACAAAGACUUGAAGUCAAAGAACGUUUUUCAUGACACCAAUAAGGUUGUGAUCGCAGACUUUGGCCUGUUUGGGAUCUCUGGAGUUGUUCAGGAGGGAAGGCGUGAGAAUAAACUCAAACUUCCACAUGGCUGGAUUUGUUAUCUCGCACCAGAGAUUGUGCGCAGAAUGAGCCCAGGUAACAAUGAGGACCGCCUCCCUUUUUCCACCGCAGCAGAUGUGUACGCCUUUGGCACAAUUUGGUAUGAGCUUCAAGCUAGGGACUGGCCAAUCACUAACCAGCCUGUGGAAGCUACCAUCUGGCAGGUGGGGAGCGGAGAGGGCAUAAAGAAGAUUUUGGCAGAGAUCAGCCUGGGAAAGGAGGUCACUGAAAUCCUCUCUGCCUGCUGGGCGUAUGACUUGAGAGAAAGGCCGACCUUUACGCAGCUGGCUGACAUGCUGGAGAAGCUACCCAAACUCAACCGCAGACUGUCCCACCCUGGACAUUUCUGGAAGUCUGCAGAGUUGUAGCCGUCACUCUGAAACAAAAGCAAUGCAAAACAAAGCCUGGGUCUGCCUUGCAUGCUCCUGAAUCCUUAACUCUUACAGGAUUGAUCAAAGCAUUGCCUCUGUCUGAAACAGGCGCCACUUCCACUAAUCCACAGUCCGAUCUUCCGUGUUGUGUUAUUUCCUUGUUCGGAAGAGAGGAUCGUUGGACUGAGGUGUGACGGACAACUGUUGUCGCCCUCCACCCUAAAUCCCUUCAUUCGUCUAAAAACAAAAAAAACAGCUCUUUGCCUUCCUGCUGGUCUUCUCCUGUAAUGUCAGUCGAGACUAUGAGGCUUCUGACUAACUGGCUUGUGGUGUUUGUGCUGAGACUGACUGGUGUGCUGUGGUCUGUGCCUGCUGAUGCCUGCCCUGUCCUCGGCCCUGCUCAACUUCUCUGUGCUGCUGCGAUGUGGUUGUUCUUGCCAGGGGUGGUCCUGACCACAUGGCUCUCUUUCUAUCUAAAACACGAACACGAACACACACGCACACACGCAAAUACACACUGCUGGACAAAAAAUGGACCUUAAUACCAAACACCCUGCUUCAUUUAUCUCUUCACUCCCUGGGUGGUGGUGGUGGAGGGGGUUUGACACAACUUUGACAGGCUGCUUGAGUGAUGAUCUUAAACCACCUGCCUCCUCCUUCUCAGAUUUUUUUAUUUUAUUUAAAUUUUUUUUACGGAUUGUAGGAUGGCAUGUGCUGAGAAGUCUAAAUGCAAUAUGCACUUUGUCAAAAUGGAAAAAAAUCAUAGACUCCUAUUUUUUUGUUUCUUUUGUUUUUGAGUAGGGUUUCUUUUGCAGUGUUUAUUUUUCCCUUGGACAGUGUGAUAUACUUAUUUGUCAUUUUUGGAGCGUGGUCUGGUGAAUUCACUGUUUAUUCGAUGCAUUGAAAAAGGGGGCACUGAUAAAGAGUUGCGUAUGCUAAACAAGCUGAAGUGGAAGACAAAUGCAAACAGAAAACAAAGACUAUCUACACGAAAAUAGAAAACUACCGUCUAUUUCUUUCUGCAGACUUUUUAAUAGCAAUGCUCAUCUGUUGAAGUGUGAAGUGCACCUUAAAAGGACAUUGCUUCGGGGGGUUGAGUGAUCGCAUUUUCUGUGCAACAAAAAAAAAAAGAAAGAAAAGAGGGAAGGAGAAAUCAGGAAUCUGGUGCAAAAAAGUGUCCUAUACCUUCCUUAAACAGUACCUCUUGUGCGUGCUUGUGUAUACUGUUUGUGAUUGCUGGCUUCAGUUGGUGUGCUUGUGGUUGUGUGUCGACUGAGUGAGCGUACUGUGUUGGAACAUGUAGGGUUGUUUUUGUUCUGUUUGAUUUUUAUUUAUUUUUUUUGGGGGGGUUUAUUUGUGAAAGACUACAGUAAAUGUUGUGUUGCAAAUCCAAUGGUAUGUAAUGUACUGUAUAUACAUUAUUUAAUGUACAGCAAAUUAAGACGAUUCUUCUAAUAUUUCUACAAACAUUUUAUAUGUAAAACACAUGACAACAUUUUUGAACUGGUACUGCUCUGGCUAUUACAGAUGUGCAUAUAUAUUUAUAUUUUUUUCAUGUACAGAAUGCUGUAUAAAAGCUGUACAAUUUUUUUUUUUUUUUUUUUAAGUAUUGGCCAAUCCGUGUUUUUGUUUUCUUUUUUUUAUGUUGUUGUAAAAAUUCAUAUUUUUGUAUUGCAUGUGAUUACCAUUCUGUACAUGCAGUUUGUGUUUUCAUCCAUGGAAAACAAUAAAGUGAGGCUUGUCAUGUAAA